AUGGUUCGCAAAAAAGAUGAUAAAGUUUUGCUUUUGAUCGUUGUUGCUGUACAUGUGUGUUCCGGAGGAAUUUCUUAUAGAUGGAACCCAUCGGAUUCUUAUGAAAAUUACGAUGUGGGAAAUUCAAAUCAGCAAGUUUACUUGGGCACGUCUCCAGAUGGACAGACACGAAAAGCAAUUUUUAAUAUCACUCACAUUGAUGUUCAAAAAGUUGCCGUCCAGUAUUCAAAUCUGCGGUGCAUUUCAACAUCGGAAUGUUCGCAAUACGAAGGAGCUCUGUGCAUAAAUUCGUACUGUGCAACUAAAGUAAAACGUUGUCAGUCUGACGCUGACUGUCCAUCAGAUGCAUCUUGCGUGCAGUCACAGUGCAUGAGGCGUGGAGGUGUUUGCAAGGAAGACAAAGAUUGUCCUGUCGGAUCAGGAUCCAUUUGUGUCAACUCACAAUGUGUGGGAGCAAUUAAAUGUCAGACAUCUGCUGACUGUCCUGUCGAGCCAUACAUGGAAUGCAUAAGAUCACAAUGUCAGGAAACUAGCUAUCCAUGUCGCAUAGAUGCUGACUGUCCUUCUCGUGUUCCUAUGAAAUGUUCGCAGCAACGUUGUGUAAGAGACAACGACUUCUGCAACAAUGACCAACAAUGCUACUCAAGAGGAUUCAAAGUCUGUGUUGAUCAUCGUUGUGUGAAGCAACAGCAUUGCCAAUCAAACAGAGACUGCCGCUCGUAUCCAGCAGAAAUUUGCUUAAAUUCUGUAUGUGCCGAAGCGUCCAGAUGCAGAGAUGAUUCAGACUGUUCGCAAAAUCAGGGAAUGUUCUGUAUAGCUUCUGUGUGCCAGGAGCUUCGUCAGUCCUGUUUGCUGGACUCUGAUUGUCCAUUGGACCUUUGGGUGUUCUGCAUCAAAAACAAAUGCACAAAGCUUGGACAACGUUGUUCUACUGAUCGUGACUGUCCACCUAAUUCCUUCUGCGUAGGAUCGAAGUGCAACAAGCCUAUCUCCUGUUACUCGGACUCAGAGUGCUCGAAUUUUCCUGGUGCUUACUGUCUCAAUUCGAAAUGCACGAAUGCACUCCCUUGCCAAAAAGACUCGGAAUGCCAAGUUAACGAUGAUGUGUAUUGUGUCAAUUCGGCGUGCAGAAAGCUUGGACAGCCUUGUGGUAGAGAACAGGAGUGUCCCUAUCAACCAUUCGUAGAGUUAGACCAAGGCUGUAGCACAGAUUCUGACUGUCCUUCAAAAACAUUCUGCAUUUACUCGAAAUGCGUCAGGGAUCGAGAGGCAUGCAACUAUGAUUCUGAUUGUUUGUAUAAUCCACAAACGAAAUGCGUCAAGCACAGAUGUGUGAAGAUCCGUCAACGAUGUGUGAAUGAUGAUGAUUGUCCAUAUCGACCAGACACUGCGUGCAUAGAUGCGCGGUGCGAAAAGAUUGGACAAAGCUGUAACAAAGACAGUGACUGCCCUUUCUUCCCGAAAACAAAAUGUCUCGCGGAAAAGUGUCUCAAGCUUGGAAGAGGUUGUAGAAGGGAUGAUGACUGCCCUAACUUCCCUCUGACAGUGUGUAUUCAGUCCCAAUGUGUGAAGAAGGGCCAGUCUUGCCACAAAGACGAAGACUGUCCUUUUUAUCCGUACACGGAAUGCACAAACUCAGAAUGCGUAAAGGUGAAGCUACUAUGCAUCAGGGACAAAGACUGUCCAAACAGUCCACCAAGGGAAUGCAUGAAUGGAUUGUGUAUUAAGCGAAGGUUUUGUAAGCUAGACUCGGAUUGCCCGUUCUUUCCUAAAACUAAGUGCUUGAAUACGCACUGCUGUACACUAGGUAAUGAAUGUAACAGGGACGAUGAGUGUGAAAAUCGAAGGUACUGUCUUGAGUCUGUUUGCAUCAGGCUAGAUCUUCCUUGCUGGCGAGAUCAGGAUUGCCCAUUUUACCCCCUCACGAAAUGUCGCCGUCAACGGUGCAUCAAAAAAUAUAGAAGGCCCUCGACUACAACAACACAUAGACCACUACCAACUACAUCAACCACUAGAAGAACUACAACAUCAACCACUAGAAGAACUACAACAUCAACCACUAGAAGAACUAUAACAUCGACCACUAGAAGAACUAAAACAAGCACUGGAAGAACUAAACCACCAGAAAGAACUACGUGUAUGUCCGUUGCAGAAGCCAUAGCAGAAAAACGCCUAGUGCCGUUUCCGAACUGUGAUAACCAAAUUUGUCCAACUGAUCAUUCCAAAAUAUUGACCGACACUAUUAGAAGAAGAAUCGUACAGCUACACAAGCAAUAUCGAUCCGAAGUGGCUCGAGGAAAUAUUCCGGUCAAUGGCUCUAUCAGAAAAAGACGCGCUAUUAAUAGAGGAAAACGUCGUGAAGAACGCAGACGCCUUCGUGAAGAACGCAAACGUCUACGUGAAGAACGCAAACGUCUACGUGAAGGACGCGGUUGCCGCCGUAAAAACGGAGGAAAAGGAUGCUCUAAUGAAGGCAGAGGGAACAGAAAAUAUAGAAAAGCUGCGCAAAUGAGGGAAAUGUCUUACGACUGCGGGAAUGAGAUGACUGCCUAUACCAUAGCGACAGAGUGCGGCAGGAACACCAAACAUAUUUCUCGUCACGGAACUAGUGAGAACACCUACAGAAAAUACAAUGUUAAGAUUUUUGACGCCGAAGGGAUAAUUGUUGAGGCCAUCAACUCGUGGUUCCAUGAGAUUGAUACUGGUUACAUGGAACACGGUGAGGGACAGAGAAACCUCUACCAUUCCUAUCUCAACAUACCGAAUUUCGCAAAGAUCGUCUGGGGAACCCAUGAGAAAGUCGGCUGUGCUGUUGUUAAGUGCAGUAACUACGUGAAAGUUGUGUGUCUCUAUGGACCCAACUCGUCGUUUGGAGAAGGAAAUCAGAUCUAUCGGCUAAGACGAAGGCGCCCCACUCCGCCACCCACACCACCGCCCACUGUUCGGACAUCUCCACCAACGCAGCCAACUCCGCCACCCACACCACCGCACACUGUUCGGACACCCCCACCACCUCCACCGCCACCCCCACCUCCGCCCCCGACUCCUUCACCAAAACCGCACCCUUGUGGUCCCCACAAACGACCACACCAUGGUCGUCCACACAAACCAUGGGGCCCUUGUUCUUCAAACAGACGACCUCAUCCUGGUCCUCCACAGAGACAACCGAGCCCUUGCAUUGAUUGUCAUCGAUUACGUAAACAAAUUAUUAUACCCAAAACUUGA